AUGGGGGAGCCGGAGCCCGUCCGCAAGACGCACAUGAACAUCGUGAUCAUCGGCCACGUGGACUCGGGUAAAUCCACCACCACGGGGCAGCUCAUCUACCAGUGCGGGGGGCUGGAGCCCCGGCUGCUGGAGAAGCUGGAGGCCGCGGCCAGCCAGCCCGGCCGCCGUGCCCUGCGUGCCGGUGUCCGGCUGGACCGGGGAGAACGUCACCCUGCCCAGCUCCAAGGUGGGGAUGCAGGGGGCUGUGGGGUGGCUUCCCCCUUGGAGGACAGAACUGCGGGCCCUCUGCCUUGCCCAGACAGCAGGGGAGGAGAUGGGCCAAGGGGCACCCUCAGGGUGGGCCCAGGAGGGGAGAGUGGCCCUUCUGCUGGGGGGCAGCACCGGCCCCAGGCUGUCCAGCUUCUCACCCGCUUCCCUCCACCUGCUGCAGAUGCCCUGGUUCAGAGGGGCUUCGGGAAGGGGCAGACGCUCCUGGAAGCACUGGAUUCUCUGCUGCCUCCUGUGCGGCCCAGUAACAAACCUCUCAGGGUGCCUCUGCAGGAUGUCUACAAGAUUGGUGGAAUUGGCACUGUACCAGUGGGGAAGAUAGAGACUGGCAUCCUCAAGCCAGGCAUGAACAUCUCCUUUGCCCCUGCAAACCUGUCGGCAGAGGUCAGAACCAUUGAAAUGCAUCAUGAGCCUCUGCAGGUGGCUUUUCCGGGUUACAACGUAGGUUUCAACGUAAAGAACAUUGCUGUCAAGAACCUGAGACGGGGCCAUGUGGCUGGCAACUCCAGGAGUGACCCCCCAGCAGCAGCAGCCCACUUCAUUGCUCAGGUGAUCAUCCUGAAUCACCCUGGCUUUAUCAAGGCUGGCUACUCACCAGUGGUGGAUUGUCACACAGCUCAUGUCACCUGCCAGUUUGCUGAGCUCUUUGAGAAGAUUGACCGUCGAUCUGGGGAGAAGCUGGAGGAUAAUCCUUCUGUGCUGAAGUCAGGAGACUCUGCUACUGUCAGGCUUGUACCCAAGAAGCCGCUGUGUGUGGAAAGAUUUUUUGACUAUCCCCCUUUAGGUCGCUUUGCAGCCCGGGACUUGAAGCAGACUGUUGCAGUUGGAGUCAUCAAAUCUGUGGAAAAGAAGCCUGCGAGCAUCACUAGGAAACAAGCGCAAAAAGCUUUGCUCAUCAAGUGAAAUGGGUCUUUUUUUUUUUUUUUGUCUAAAGCCACUUUAAUUGAAAAGUAGCUCUAAUGUAAUGUUUAAUUGAGCUGGACUUGUGUUUUGCUUAACCCCGAAUUGGGAUAAUUCUGUGUUCUUGUGGGCUCUGAAGUAUCUGAACAAUAAAGACUCUUCAUCUCCAAGGUC